UUCGUAGUACGAAUCAAACAGACAGAAACCAAAUAUGAUUUGUAUAUGUCAACUGAAAAAGUAGAAUGAUGAACAUGAAAGGUCUGGCCAUUCUUAUGCGUACCAAAAUGCGACCUCUUUCACCUCUCGCUAGCAAAUUGAAUCAAAUGCAAGUCUCUCAACCGGAAGGUGAUAAAGUUUCUUCUUCUCCGGAUGCUUCACUUCUUCCAGAAAGAGAGUUCACCCAAGUACGGGAGUCAAUGCACUCAGCCAUGUCGACGAAGAAGACAGAAAUUGUAGACGUUGCUCUAGAUGACUUCUCAGAGGGAUACUUUUUCCUUUCCCCGGAAAAUCGUCAUAAGAUACUUCUUUCACUAGCCAAAGAGUACGAUCUCAAUCGGACCCAAGUUCGCGAGUUAAUGAAGCAGCAUCUUGAUCUUCAGCUCCCAAGCGAUAAGGCUGAAGAUAGUAGUGAUCAUGAAGAGGAAGGAUCUUUAUCUGCUUUCUACCGUAUUGAGCGGAAUUUGAGGCAGACUCUCAAGCCUAUGUAUGAAGUUCUUUUCGAGCGGCUCAAUACACAUCCUGGGGGAUUGAAGUUCCUGUCUGAUAUUCGAGCUGAUAUUCUUCGUAUUCUCGAAGACGUAAAUAUAGCAUCUCUGCGAGCAUUAGACUCCCACUUAAAGGAUAAACUGAUUACAUGGCUCAGUCCUGCUAAUUUGGAGCUUCACAAUAUUACAUGGGAUGAUCCUGCGUCUUUGUUGGAAAAAAUUGUUGCAUAUGAGGCUGUGCAUCCAAUUAGCAAUCUUAUAGAUCUGAAAAGAAGGCUGGGAAUAGGUCGCCGCUGCUUCGGGUACUUCCAUCCAGCAAUACCUGGUGAACCACUUAUUUUUAUUGAGGUUGCACUUAUGAAGGAUGUGGCGGCGACCAUACAGGAGGUCUUGUGGGACUAUCCUCCAAUUUCUGAACAUGAGGCUUCUUGUGCAAUUUUUUACUCUAUUUCAUCAACUCAGCCUGGCUUAUCAGGAGUCAACCUGGGGAAGUUUCUUAUUAAACGUGUGGUUGAUGUGGUGAAAAAAGAUAUGCCCAAUAUCUCUGUAUUCGCUACUCUUAGUCCUAUCCCUGGUUACAGGCAAUGGCUCUUAUCAAAGUUGGCUUCAUCAGAGAUGUCUGGUUCAGCCUUCAAAGAAAAUUUGCUUAGACCGGAAGAAGAAAAAGCACUUAUGGAUGCAUCAGGAGGUUCUAAUACGGGAAGCAGUGGUACUGAAGUAAUGUGGAAUUUAGUGACAUCAAAGAACCAUGAGUGGACCAAUUCGCCUAAUCUGGUAUCUGCAUUGAGAACCCCUAUGAUGCGACUUUGUGCCAGGUACCUAUUGAAAGAAAAGAAGAGAGGAAAAGCUCUAGAUUCGGUUGCAAAUUUCCACUUACAAAAUGGAGCGAUGAUUGGAAGGCUAAACUGGAUGGCUGAUCGGUCACAAAAGGGCCUUAGUCAAAGUGGAGGCAUAAUGGUAAAUUAUAUCUACAGGUUGGACAACAUUGAAGAUACUGCUCAGUCAUAUCUGAAUGAAGGGCACAUCGAAGCUUCUUCUGAUUUCAGAAGCUACAUUGAGGAUGAAUUGAAGGAGGAGUAAGUCAGAAGGAUUAGGAGAAAAUCUUGUCACUGUAAGUAUAAUAUGAAAGAUUUAUACAGGUUUUAAAUGUCCGAUUGCGGAUUCAAUUGUUCUAUAUAAAUGGUACUCUGUAGUAUGUAUCAGUUAGUUAAAACUAUUAGUGGUUAAUAGUCCUCUUAACCCUUUCCUAGAAAGGUGGCCUAGUGCCCUUUUUUCUUCUGGAGGGACAGGUGUUUUGUGCUUGAUUAGAAAGUGUAAUCUUGGGCAAAAAAACACUAUGUGAUUUCUUCCCACUUGCCUAAGUCUUCGUCGGUAGAGUUACCCGGUGCAUGUACUGGUAGGAGGUGGCAGGUCCCCGAUGGAAUAAUUGAGGUUUACGCAAGCUGGCACGGAUACCACCAUCUGUAAAAAGAAAGUGUUAUCCUAGAUGGUCACUACUCGCUAUUAUCUGUUACUUCCGAUGUGUCAUCUUAUGCUUUGUUCUGUAAAACAUGAAACUCCAACUGUGUCAUUAUUUGUUGCUAUAGGAUUGCUCAUCCGGUCAGCAAUAUCUUGUUUAUCAGCUGGCUUUCUUCC